AUGGUUCGUCCAAAUCUCUCCCCUUCCUUCUCAGCCAGAGGAUUGAAGAAGCAUUUGAAGAGGCUCAAUGCCCCAAAGCAUUGGAUGCUUGACAAACUUGGCGGUGCCUUCGCUCCAAAGCCGUCUUCUGGACCUCACAAGUCGAGGGAGUGUCUUCCUCUUGUUCUGAUCAUUAGGAAUAGGUUGAAGUAUGCUUUGACUUACGGUGAGGUUAUCUCUAUCCUUAUGCAAAGGCAUAUCCAAGUUGAUGGAAAAGUCAGGACUGACAAGACCUACCCUGCUGGUUUCAUGGAUGUUGUAUCGAUCCCCAAGACGAAUGAGAACUUCCGUCUUUUGUAUGACACAAAGGGACGUUUCCGUCUCCACUCCGUCAGUGACGUGGAAGCAAAGUUCAAGCUUUGCAAGGUUAGGUCUAUCCAGUUUGGACAGAAGGGAAUUCCAUACCUGAACACUUACGAUGGUCGCACCAUCCGUUACCCUGACCCGCUCAUCAAACCAAACGACACCAUCAAGCUAGACCUUGAGGCAAACAAGAUUGUGGAGUUCAUCAAGUUUGACGUGGGUAACGUUGUGAUGGUGACUGGUGGAAGAAACAGAGGGCGUGUUGGUGUGAUUAAGAACCGUGAAAAGCAUAAGGGAAGCUUUGAGACGAUACACAUCCAAGACUCUACAGGACACGAGUUUGCCACAAGGUUAGGUAAUGUGUUCACCAUCGGCAAAGGAACAAAGCCAUGGGUUUCUCUUCCAAAGGGCAAAGGUAUUAAGCUGACCAUCAUUGAAGAAGCUAGGAAGAGGCUUGCUGCUCAACAAGCUGCUUAA